AUGCAGAAGGCAAUCCAACAGAGGUAUCCUCUGAUGGUCACUGACCUCAGCAAGAGCGAAUUGAAAAUGCUAAUUUACGUUUUGAACUUACAGUUUGUGGUGCGGCAUACCUGUGACAAUACCGGCCGAGUCCUCGAGAGAUGCGAUGAACCGGUUCACAAUGAGAUCAAACGUCUCCCCUCCGACCUUCGCAAGUCAUUAAUCCUUGGUAUCCUACCUAAGUCUAUCAUCCGAACGGCGGUCAUGUGUCCCACGCACCAGGCGCUGAACCCGUAUAUCAUCGGGGACAUACUCUGCCUGGUUAAGAAAGAAGUGACGGUGCACCUGGACAUCAUCCAUUGGUACUCAAACAACCUUGACCAGAGCCAUAGGAAUCUUGUUCGCGCGCUGCAAUCCAUUCAAGGCAUGUGGUCCCUUGUUCCCCCUGAUAACCGUCCUCCUCCAAUCGCCCCUGCCGCCUACCAGCCAAAUGAGUGCGAGGCGUGCAUCCUAGGAAGAGUGGUGAGAGAGCCAAUGCAUUUGCAGAAUCUCCGUGUUACUCUCAUCAGUCGCACAAGAACAAAGGCGAAGCACCGCGCACCGAAGCUGCUCGCCUUUGUGGACCAGGCCAUCAACCAGUACGGAGACCACGCUCUCGAUCUCUGGCACGCCAGCGGCCAGGCAGCCUUUGAUUUCAAAUUAGCGCGGAAGGCAGCCAUCAAGGCGUAUAGAGUACGACCGGAACGUAUCCAUAAGCGCGAGGAUUUCUCGGAUCACCUGCGCAGACAUCCGAAAAACAAGGGCAAAUCCAUCAGGAUUGCGAAGAGCUCCAAGAUCCCGGAGAAUGGGGGAGAGUCGUCUGGUUACAGCAACAGUCCGCAUACCGAUAACACCGAGUCCAUCGUCGUGUACAUGGACUCCGACAUGAACGAGCAGCAAGCGAUGCAUCACGAUGCCAAGGGGAGGGAGAAGGGAAAGGAAAAGGCCAGGGCUCGGCACGGUGAGAUCAUCGGGGAACGCGACACCAUCACCGAUGAAAUCAUCGCGACCUACGAAGCUUAUGGCUCCCGGGACUGGGCUCCUCGCUCCAACACCAACCUCCCCGACGGCGUGCCACAGGUCCACCCACUAUCCGUCCCGAAGGCAACUUACUCGACAGCAUCCGGAUCGUACUACCCGGAGGACUACCGAACCACGCAGGCAACAUACAUCCCUCCCCGGGAUAACGUCGACUGGAAUAAGGUGAUCCAUCAAGAGAGCCCGCUGGACACCUUGACAGAAGAAAUCGAGACCAUGCAGUUGGGAAGCGGGACCUACGGUGGCACAGCCGAGAAUCUUGCAGUAGAUUAUCGUGCGAUGCUUGACCUGGUUGGCCAUAGGGAAGGAUAUGAAUCUGACUCGGAUUUUAGCCUAGCGUCCUGGGAGGAUGCUCCUGUGUCCGAGGUUGGACCUGCGGAUACCACAUGGAGUCUGGUAUGCCAAUAG